AUAAUUCAGAAUAUUAUGAAGCAAUUUGUAAAGUAUGCGAUAAAAAAUUUUCACCUAGAAAACCAUCACAAAUAGAAAAAUAUAUAAUUAGUAAAUGUACAAAAGUUUCUGAAAUAAUAAAAGAAGCA